CCACUGACUGAGGAAACAUGGCAGCUAAGGUUCUUCAAUUGGUAGUGAUGGCAUCUGUCACUAUUGUAGCAACCCAAUCAAUGUUGCAGUAUGCACCUCUAUACGACUAUUCUAAAGCAGUGCUCGUGCAAAAGACAUCACCUCACUAUUCCUUCAGCUACGCCUUGAAGGACGACCAUCUUGGCAACGACUUUGGCCACGAGGAAAUCCGCGAUGGUUACGACACCAAAGGACACUAUUACGCGAAUCUUCCUGGCGGGAGUUUCCAAAAAGUGUCAUACUACGUCGCAGGGGGUUCUGAGUUCGUGCCAAAGGUCUCAUACUUGAAAGAUAAAUUGCCAGUCUCUGUUCCUUCUCCAAUUACAUAUGUUUAAGAGUCAUUGCAGAAACGUUUCAGAGAGAUGGUUUAAUCAUUUAUGUCCUUAGCAAUCCUAUUCUAAUGUAAAGGAAAUUUAAUAAAAG